AUGAAUUUAAUAUUUUAUUAUUGUCUUUUAAUUUAUUUUGUUAUACGAGCUUAUGAUAAUGUUUAUCUAGUUAUUCCUUAUGAAGAAUUUAAAGGACCAAGAUUAAGUAGUUAUUUAUACAAUAGUUUAAUGUAUAAUGAAAUGAAAGAUUUGAUGAGACAAGUUAUAUAUGAAUUCAGAAAUAUGCCAAUAAAUUUUUUGUUAUUAAGAAAAAUGGCUAUACAUUUUGAGAAUAAAAUUAUAGAUACUCACAAAGAUAAGAAACUUAUUAGAGUUUCUUUAGGCAGUAAAAUAAAAUAUUUUACUCUUCCAGCUACUGAAAUCCCAGUAAAAUUGCAUCCAUUUGGAAAUAAAAGAAUGUUUGAAUGUAAUAAAAACUUCUUUCCACUAUUUAAAUAUGCUUCUAUAUGUGCUACUACGACAAUGAAACAUUCUAAGAUAACAACACAAUAUAAGCUUUUAGGAAAAGAUCAUUUUAGUGCUGGUAUAUGGAAUAGUGUUUGGAUGAAUUGUAAUUACAAAUGCUUUUCACAAUUUAAAUUUGAUGUAUUGAAAUUAAGAUAUUUAAGAGAAUUAAGCGCACUAAGAAAAAGGUAUGGUGGUGGACUUCUUGCACAAAGUCAAGAUCUUGAAAGAAUAGCUCUUAAACGUAUAAAAGAAAAUCAAAAACUAAAAAGCGUAUCAUAUAACGUCAUUUAUACUAAAAAUUUGCAUGAAGUUUCUACUAUUGUCAAUUCACCAUUUGCUAGUGUAGUUAUAAAUAAUCUCUAUAAUGAUUAUUUAAAAGUAAAAGGCAAAUAUCAUUUAGAAAAACCAGAGACAAAACAAUUUAGAUUUUUGUUAUCUCCUACAACAAAAAGUAUUGGCAUUGGAAUUUCUCAUUUAUCAAAUUAUUUAUAUAUUACAUUCAUAUUCAAUUAA